CAUUUUUACAUGAAUCUAUUGGCGACCUGCAGGACCGUCCGCUUCAUGGUGAGCCUCGGGUGGAACGACGAUCGUGAGUUGUAAGGGCAAAGCGUGGACAAGGGCACAUUGUUCGAUUUGCAGCCAAGUCAUUCGCUGUUGAUAUUCCGGCUGGCAAAGCGCUUUGGAUUUGUAAACCAAGUGCUGAACCAUUUCGAUUUUCGGGCGGAGCGUGGCGAGUCUAUCGAGUGAGCGGUGGCAGGACACGAUAUCUAAUAGGACGCUACAGGUCAGUCGGCCUCAGCCGCGAACGUGGUGAUCAAGAGCUCAAAUCGCCAUGAAGAACUCAGAGGGUUCCAGGAGCUUUUACGACUCGGACAGCGGCUUCUCCAUGUCGCCACACAGCGCGAUAUUGCAGUUCGAUUUUCGCUCUAGAGACCGACCGCGGCCUCCUGUGCGAGUAGUGAACGAGCCGAUCUCGUACAGAGGACUGGGAGUCAAGGACAUGAUCCUAUCGCCAUACGAUCAGAACGCGUAUGUGAGCAUCUGGCAAGUGGGUCUCGGAGCUGCGAUCGGCCUCAUGACCGGCGUGAUGCUCAUUCACUACCAAGUGAAGGGCGAGUCGGCCGACUGGAUUGCGUUACCUGGCGUUCUCUUCAUCUCAGCGCUGAAGUGUUUAGUGACUCCAAUGGUUUUCUGCAGCGUCAUCGUAUGUAUAGGCGAAUUAGUGGAGGCAGGCAAGGCCGCGUCCAUCGGAAGACGAAUUAUCUUGUCCUUCGCUAUGGCCUCCAUCACGUCGUCAGUUCUAGGAACACUAUUCGCUUUCGCCAUGUCAAAAUUGUAUCCGUCAAGUGCAGUGGUGCCGAUCAAGCCAACGAUCCCGUCGCUGAGUGUUCAGUGUGAUGACGGCAGGUAUCUCUCGUAUUCUAAUGGAUCGCUUGCGUGCAGCUCGAUAAAUGGAACACUACCCAACAGUUUAUUCGUACUGGAUGAUGUGAGUGGAUAUUUAGUGAGAGCAGACACGGAGUACGAGAAGUUGAACGUCUCGGAGCAGAUUUUCAUCAUCCUCAAAGACCUCGUGCCGAAUAAUAUCUUCGAGGCAUUUGCAGGCACGUCGACGUUGAGUGUCAUUGCGUUCGCCAUUGUGAUGGGACUCGCACUAAUGAAGAGUGUGGAUAAAGAAGCAGGAGUCGAGAACUACCCGCUGCUCUUAGUGACACACGCCAACACAGUGAUCCUCCUGCUUGUGAACAUCGUAGUCAAGUACAUCCCGAUCGCUGUCGUGUCUUUGAUCGCCGGUUCAAUCGCUAGUUACACUUCCUCGUCGGUGCUGGUACGGGGCGUGGCGUUCUUGAUCGGAACUCUGAUCGUAGCGCUGUUGACAUUGACAAUCGUUGUCUUUGGAUUGACGCUCUUCGUGACGACAAGGAGGAACAUUUUCUUGCAUUUGUGGCAUAUUCUUCCUGCGCAGAUCUUCAUUUUUGGCUGCUCGUCUUCGAUCGCGACGCUGCCGAUUACAAUGCGCUGUGUGGACGCUACGAAGGAAGUAUCGUACCAGAUCUCGCGCUUCAUGUUGCCACUCGGAGCUACAAGUAACUUGAACGGCACGGCUGUGUACAUACCACUGGCUUGUGUUUUUCUGGCCAAAGUCGGAGGAUACGACGCCUUGUUGACACCUCUGAGGUUCGUCCUGCUGGCUUUUGUGAGUGCCAUCGCAUCGUUUGGUGUUGCUGGUGUGCCUCACGCUGGUUUAGUGAUGGUACUCACUGUAUGGAGGACAGUGUUCGGCGUGGACGUUCCAGUUGUCUUCACUAUAUUAGUCAGCAUAGACUGGAUCCUCGAUCGACUUCGGUCCAUUGUCAACAUCACCAACGACACGAUCAUCGUACGGAUCAUCGCAGCACAGUGUGACGAGACCACUCUGGAACAGCUUAGUACACAUCGGAUACAGCAGAACACACACGGCACGGAGCUGUUGACUCAUAUGCCCUUGCCUUGAGAUAAUAUAUUAUUCUGGAUUUGACAUGA